GAACAACUGAAAGUUGGCAGUAACUCUAACUACUGCAACUGCAAAUACAACAAGAAUAUUAACUCCUCACGUGCUGGAGGCAUGACUCGUCGUCAAGAAUAAGAAGAAUGUCUCCUCACGUCCUGUGCAAGAGUACGUCCACCUCCACGGUGGGAGCUGGAGCUCUAAUUAGACCUUACAAAUAUUCAUCUUGAAAGAUGGCAUCUUUGACGCUUUUCGGGUUUAGGGUUUAGGGUAACAAGAAUGACAAAGACUCGUCGUCAAGAAUAACAAGAAUGUCUCCUCACGUCCCACAGGACCCAUGCUCCUGCUCUGCUCCUCCCACUGGGGAGACGCGUCCUGGUGUUGAGCGGACGAGUGUUGUCGUCACCUACGCAGGCGUACUCCAAGCCCAUGAACGCAUCCGCGAGCACAUCCACCGAACACCUAUUUGGUCCUGUUCAUCGCUGGCGAGGAUCAUACUACCGGACUCUGAUGAGGAGGCGAGGCAGCAGGAGGUACUUACUUAGUGGUCUUAUGUAUCCUCUUUCGUAUCCAUAUUAGACAGUCUGGUGUGGCUUCCCUAUUUGUCUUUUUCUUGAUGUCUGUGAAAUGCACUGACGUUUUCUGAGCCCAGACUUCUGGAGCCCUGGCCGCUGCCUGUCGCAAGCCAGAAAUCUCUUAAUCAUAAUCAUGAUUUUGGUCGACGGUCACUUCAUGCAUUCCCCCUUUACCUCAUGAAUAGGUAAGUCAAUCAAUCAAUCAAUCAAUCAAUGUUCUCGAUGUUGAGACACGUAGUGUUGGUGUAGUGGAAUAAGGAGCUUAAUAUCCUUCUGUACUUCAACUUGCCUCAUCUUCACUCUGCUCGCAGCCAUAAAACACAUGUUGAAUCAUCUUCCCCAUGAUCUACUUCCGCUAGGUCGUUAUAACGCCAGCCACUGCAACUUCUGAUGCAGCGCUUCCAUUUCCGACAACGAUAAAAGAACUACUUUUCAAAUGUGAAAACCUGCAGAAAAUUGGUGCCUUCAAGAUCCGUGGUGCUUUGAAUGCCAUCAGUCUUUCCGCAGCGGAAACAAUUGUGACACAUUCUAGUGGCAACCAUGCGCAAGCAGUGGCACUGGCUUGCCAGAUUUUAGAUUAAGGCUAAGUACUCGAAAACUCUGAAACUUGCGAGUACUUAACAGAAACAAUAAGCGAGUAUGUAUCUGGGAUCAAUAUCCUACCAUACUCGCUUAUUUGUAGUUUUUCGAGUACAACAAUAAUAAAUGCGUCUUCACUGCUGCUCCAUCUUCGUUCCCUGCUGCUCCCGUUUCUCAAGGGAAAACGGGCAUCAACAAAAUGCUCGUUCAACACGGGCAUCAAAGUGCAGCUCCUUUCGAUGGAUUUGUGGUAGUUCUAAUCAAAGAGAAAAGCCAUAGUGGUCAUGCCAAAGGAUUCCCCUCAGCCUAAAGUGGAUGCAGUACGAGAUACCUACGGUGCUGAGGUGCGCUUCUGUGAACCUAACCAAGCUGCUAGGGAGUCGAUGUGUGCGGAUGUGAUUAACGAGGUCGGAAGUGCGUCUAACAAGGUGGAACUGAUUCAUCCUUACUUACGAACGGUAGUUAUCGUUGUUCUUUUUGUGCUUGUGUGGUGCUGGAGUCUCUGUUUCUCAUGAUCUUGGUUGUCAGUAGACACUCAUCGUCUGCUUGCUAAGAUGUUCAGUAUGAUUCAAAGGGAUGAUCAACCCAACAUAUACAAGUAGAAGCAUCUAGAAGUUGAAGAACAAGAUUGAAAAUGAGAAGCAUCUAGUUGAAGAAAGAGAUUGAAAAUGAGGACAAACGAAAACCACAAACAAAAACGACCAGGAGUCGAAUGUGCGGCUUCUCCGAUAGAUGUAGAUUUGUGGCCGAUUGUCCGGUCUUAUGCGCCCCCAGUAUGUAACUUGGAUGUUUUUAGAUUUAUAUAUAGGUUAACUAAUUGAUUGUGAUUGAAAGGGUGGCAGCAUAUAGUCCUAACGCAAAAAAAAAAAAAAACGACCUCUACGGUGAUGAUCAUAACAGGGCUACACACAUGACAUGACUGCUCCAAUAUUCGACGAUCCACGAGUGGUAUGCGGACAAGGGACGCUAGCAGUAGAAUUUCUAGAAGAUGCCUGUUGUAAUGCUAGUUCGACAGGUUCUACUUCUAGUUCUACGACAGGCUCUACACGUUGUACUACAACAGGAAAAAAUAUAUCUUCUCUCGAUGCCAUCGUUAUCGCAGUGGGCGGCGGUGGACUUUUAGCGGGUUGUGCUACGGCUAUUCGUGGCUGGGAACGGGAGAAGUUUGGAACUCAGUCACGAAAAAUAAAAAUCAUAGCUGCCGAGCCUCUCAAUGCCAACGAUUGUUAUCAAAGUUUCACCCAGAAAACCCGUAUAGACAACGUAGGACCGCCGAAAACGAUAGCGGAUUCCGUGAAGACAAACCUAGGAGAGGUCACUCUGCCCAUCAUCUUACGAGAAGUCGACCACGUUAUCCAAGUUUCAGAAGAUAAUAUCAAGCGAGCCAUGAAGUUGACAUUUGAACGAUCGAAAUUGGUGGUCGAACCUGGAGCAGCAGUUGCGGUGGCAGCAGCCAUGAGCGAGGAAAUGAGAAGGAAAUGUCCAGAAUGUUUAAGGAUAGGCGUGGUUUUGUGUGGAGGGAACUUGGAUAUACGGAAAUUGCCGGAUUUGUUGCUGUGAAAUAAAACAGCUAAAUUGAUAUGACGAGAUCUAUAAUGAAGCGCGGAAUGAGAUGAACAGAAAACGUCGACUUAAUCUGUCAGUCGAUGUUGAGAUGUCACAACAGCAAAGAAUAAGAAGGUAGCACGUUGUUCGAUGAAGAUGCC